AUGUUACAAGAUGAUUAUGGCGUGGACCUCUCUGCCAUUCCUUUCGUUAAGCGCUAUAUUAUCCUACAUUUGCGUUGGCAUUGUAGAGAUACACAAGAAACGCUGGCCGUCAUUGAUCGAAUAGACGCCAGUACCGACAAGCUCUCUGAUGAACAAAUUGCAAAGGUUUUUGGGUGGGAGGAAGAUUACCUGCUUGGAAAACUAUCGCCUUGGCAGCGACUUAAACCAAAAGUAUGGUCGUUGGUCGAUGAACCUUGGUCAUCCAUAUACGCUAAGGUGAUAUCGGUGGUGGCCGUGUUUUUCAUUUGCCUUUCCAUAUUUUCGUUCUGUAUCAAAACUCAUCCCGGCUUCCAGGUACCUGUAAUGCGAAGCGUAUACAAAAAUAGUUCGUCUACGUCGACGGACGCGGCGCACGACGGCACACAGGUGGAAGUGAUCAGCAUUUAUAACCAGAAUGUUUUCUUCUACGUCGAACUCAUCAGCAACAUCUGGUUCACGGCAGAGUUCCUGAUUCGCUUCACGUUCUGUCCCAACAAAGGACGGUUCAUCAAGACGCCGAUCAACGUCAUUGACCUCAUCGCCACCGUGUCGUUUUACAUCGACAUUCUGGUCGAUACCAUCCUCAUUCAGACGUUCAAGGCGAGCGCUCAGGAGUUAACGUUGCUGGUGUUCUUCGUCGCUUUGGGAAUCGUCGUGUUUGCGUCGCUGAUCUACUAUGCCGAAAGAAUAGAGCCGAAUCCGAACAAUGACUUCGACAGCAUUCCGCGAGGCCUGUGGUGGGCGAUAGUCACCAUGUGCACCAUCGGGUUCGGGGACAUGGUGCCCAAGACCUGCAUGGGUAUGAUUGUUGGCAGUCUUUGCGCGCUGACCGGCGUUCUGACAAUUGCACUUCCGGUUCCGGUCAUCGUCAGCAAUUUCGCCAUGUUCUACUCGCACGCUCAAGCAAGGGCGAAACUGCCUAAGAAGCGGCGUCGAGUCCUUCCGAUGGAUCAGGCAAAGCUUCAAGUAUUCAAAUCAAGUAAAGUAGUAUCUCAAGAACAGUCUUUCCUCAAGUACGCCUUGAAACCGACCAUAAUGACUGCGGCAGUUCCUAGAUGA